AUGUCGCUGUCGAUACCACAGGCUUCGCAGGCGGGUCUUUUCAAGCAAGGUUACAGCAGUUACGACGCCGAAGAUGGAGCAGUCAUUCGCAAUAUCGACGCUUGCAACACAAUCGCUCAAACAGUCAAGACUUCACUGGGCCCAUACGGCAGGAACAAGAUCGUUAUCAAUCACUUAGCGAAGAUGAUUCUCACCUCAGAUGCUGCCACUAUAUUACAAGAAUUGGACGUGGUACAUCCUGCUGCGAAACUGCUCGUCAUGGCUAGUCAGCAGCAGGAGGCUGAAAUGGGUGACGGCACAAACAUGGUUAUGAUAUUGGCAGGAGAGUUUCUGAAGAAGGCGGAAGAACUGGUGCGGCUGGGCCUAAAGACGAGCGAUAUCGUGUCAGGUUAUGAAAUGGCUUUGAACUUUACACUGAAAGCACUAGAUGAACUUGAGGUCGACCGAGUCGCCGAUGUGCAUUCGAAAGAAGAGCUAGGAAAAGCGUUGAGAACGGUACUUGCCUCGAAACAAUCCGGCUCUGAAGAUGUGCUUGCGCCGCUUGUUGCAGAGGCGGUGCAAGCAGUUCUACCCAAGAAUCCAGCAAACUUCAACAUCGAUAAUAUACGAGUAGUCAAGAUUAUGGGUGGUGACCUCUCUCAAUCGAGAGUGGUCAAGGGUAUGGUCUUUGGCAGAGAACCAGACGGCAUUGUCAAGAGAGCGAAGAAGGCCAAAGUUGGCGUCUUUUCGUGCCCUAUAGACACCUCACAGACAGAAACUAAAGGCACAGUUCUGUUACACAACGCAAAAGAGAUGCUCGAUUUCAGUACUGGCGAAGAGAGUCAGCUGGAAAGUGCCAUCAAAGAGCUAUACGACGCAGGCAUUCGUGUCGUUGUUGCCGGAUCUACAGUAGGUGAGCUCGCUCUUCACUACCUCAACCGCAUGAACAUUCUGGUCAUCAAGAUUCUCUCAAAGUUCGAGCUGAGGAGAUUAUGUCGAGUUUGUGGUGCCACUCCCUUGGCACGGCUGGGAGCGCCCAUGCCAGACGAGAUGGGUAGCAUUGAUGUUGUUGAGACAAGCGAGAUUGGUGGUGACCGAGUCACUGUGUUCCGCCAGGAAUCCGAUACUGCUGUAACUCGUACAGCAACAAUUGUCCUUCGAGGAGCGACCCAGAAUCACCUUGACGAUGUGGAGAGAGCCAUUGAUGAUGGUGUGAAUGUGAUCAAAGCUGUCACAAAAGACCCACGGUUGGUACCAGGCGCCGGUGCUACAGAGAUGCAGCUCGUGGAGAGGAUCAAUGCUUUUGCUGACAAGACGCCUGGUCUUCCACAAUAUGCCAUUCGAAAAUACGCUGAAGCAUUUGAGAUAAUACCUAGAACAUUGGCUGAAAGCGCAGGCCUGGAUGCAACCGAGAUCCUGGCUCGAUUAUAUACGGCGCAUCAGCAGCGAGGCAGCAUAAAACGACGAGCCACUACGCAAGAAGAGUCUGAUGAAGAAGACGAGGACUCCAACGAGGAAACUACAGAUACGUCAGAGUCCGAAGAGCCCUACUGGACGGCCGGUGUUGACUUGGAAACAAAUAGUGGCAUAUUGGACGCUGUGGAUGAUGAGAUCUUAGACCUGCUGGUCAGCAAGAGCUGGGCUAUCAGACUUGCCACGGAUGCUGCUCGGACAGUGCUUAGUGUUGACCAGAUUAUUGUUGCAAGACAAGCUGGGGGUCCUAAGCCGCCGGGUCAAAAUCCAAAUUGGGACGAGGACUAG